AUGUCGUCGGGUGCAACCCUGCGGCCUGGGACCCCCUCGGGCGUGCAGCGGGUGCCCUCGCGACCGGGCACCCCGUCGAAUCUACGGAGGAGACCGCUGUACGCCUCGCAGAGAUCUGUCAUUUCGAUCCAAUCGAAAGACCGGCGGAAACCGCCGCAGUUCUUCUUCGUGAACCCGAUGAAUGUCGCCAACAUGACAGGUCGAGGCAUCGGAACCGCUUAUUCACGCGGCGUUGAACUCGCGAAGAAAAUCAAAGAAUUCUCAGAGACAUGGUUCUCCCAUCUGAUGCUGUUGUGCUGUCUCAUGGUGUACUGUUUCAUCGGUGCCGCCAUGUUCAGGUGGAUAGAGGCUCCGCACGAAGAGCGAGAGGCUAAGGAAACUGUGUAUCUUAACGAAACCCGGAAGAUUCUCUUGGAUUCACUUCAAGCUAAUCUCAGGAAUCGAACAAUCGAGGAUUGGAAACGAUUCGCGAAUGAGUCCCUGCUCGAGCACGAGAAAGUCGUGUUCGAUCUCGACGACACCGAGUUCCUGAGAAAUUAUUCGACCCAAUGGACUUAUACUGGAUCCCUGUAUUAUUGCAUGACGAUCGUCACAACGCUCGGUUACGGCAAUAUCGCGCCCUCGACGACUGCAGGGAAAAUCGCCACGAUUUUUUACGGCAUCAUCGGCAUCCCCCUGCUACUUAUGGUUCUUGCCGACUUGGGGAAACUUUUCACCAGGUGGAUCAAGUGGUUCUUCUUCCUGGCCAAGCAUUUCUACCGUACUGGAACCUGCGCGAAGAAGAACCAGGACAAGAGCGGUCCCGUCCAGUACGUCGCGUUCGUGUGGCAGAAAGUCAACGACAAGAUGACCUACGUACCAUAUCCUGCGUACAUGAAACCGAAGCCUAAACUUGCGGAUGAGGGAGAAACAGGAACCGACAUCGAAUCCCGUAAAGCAGACACAGAGGUCGGCCAAUCCGAAGGUCCAGAGGAUUUCGAUGCAGAGGUCGACGACGAAUUCAAUCUCCCUGUCACGGUUGCUCUCAUCAUACUCUCGUUGUAUAUGACGGCUGGAGCCACGCUAUUCACGUUUUGGGAGCGCUGGGAUUUCACGAAUUCAUUCUACUUCGUGUUCAUUUCGAUGUCAACUGUAGGUUUUGGCGACCUGGUCCCUGAGCACCCGAUCUUCAUGAUGGCUACGUUCAUUUAUCUCCUCUUCGGGUUGGCCUUAACUUCGAUGUGCAUCAACGUCGUGCAGGAAAAGCUCUCCGCGAUUUUCCAGAAAGCUAAAAUGCAGCUCGGCACCACCAUAGGUUUCGAUCCUUCAAUGCUCGCUGAAGAAGUGAUCGACGAGGAGUUCGAAGACGACGACGACGAAGAGGAUGCCCUCGCCGGCGGUCCGGCAGGACCCGGUAAGGCUGCGGGGGCUAUCGCGACCGCGGAGAAGAAACAAGCGUUGGAAGGAACGGCGAGUGCCUCGAAAGCACCAGAGAAACCCGCAACGAAAGGGAGCGACCGGAAGAAAUCACUCGCAGGAGGCCGACGGAACUCGAAAGCACCGAAAAAACCGGAGAUCAAUAUCGACGAGCUUAUUAAGAGCGGCGCAUGGCAGUACGUGACUUAAGAACUCGUCCGGCCUUGGAACAAUCAAAUCAGGGCAAAACGCUCCGCGAGCUUCCGAGCCUCGAUGAGGGGCGAGCCCCCAGCAGAGUCUCAGAAAGAGGAGUUGAGACUCAAAACAGAAGGCCUCCCGACUAACCAUGGGAAGUCACGACGACGCUCACCUACUAUGCCGUGGGGACGGCUCCGACGCCCCGUCUUCCCUGGCUGCUGGCGACGCAUUCAGAAUCGCGGCGAUUCCGCCGUCGCGCGUCGCGUCAAGCGCUGCGUUUGAUGAUUACCGCCGGAACCCGACCGACUACUCCACGGACUCAUCACGUUCUCAGUCGGACUUGCUCAUCUGAGGCAUUG